ACAAUUGGGAGGUUUCCCGGCACCGCUUAACCAAUCCAGAAGACAAUCGCUUGCCAUUUAAUUCGUCAAUGGCAAAUACAAAUUAGAACAUCAACGAUGAGAACUAAAAAUGCGCUUUCCCUUCCCUCCUUUAUAAUCUCUGCAACAACACCACCAAUCGUCAAUCAACCCAAGAAGAAAUGGCAAACCUCUUUCGCAAACAAGCACAGAACUACGCCGCCUCCCGGCCGAGCUACCCGCCGGAGCUCUUCAGCUAUAUCGCCUCAAAAUGCCCCGGUCGCCGCCUAGUUUGGGACGUCGGCACAGGCUCCGGCCAGGCCGCAGCCGCCCUCUCCUCCAUCUUCAAUUCCGUCGUGGCCACCGACGUCAGCCCAGAGCAACUCUCGCACACCCCAUCCCAGAUCCCUAACAUCCGCUUCAUCCUCACCCCUCCCUCCCUCCCCCUCGCCGAUCUCCAUCGCAUCGUCGCCCCUCCCGCCUCCGUCGACCUCAUAACCGUCGCGCAGGCUCUGCAUUGGCUCGAUCUCCCUGCGUUCUACGCGCACGCUCGAUCGAUGUUGGUUCCUGGCGGGGUGAUGGCGGCGUGGUGUUACACGGGGGCGGUGAUCGGCGGGGGGAGAUCGAGGGCGGAUGAGAUCUACCGUCAGAUUUAUGCGGAAUCGGGACCGUAUUGGGCGGAUGAAAGGAGGUUGGUGGAGGAAGGGUAUAUGGGAGUGGAGUUUCCUUUCAGGCCGGUGGAGGGGGAGGAGGGGACGGGCCCGGUGGUAGGGUUUGCAGCGGAGAGGGAGAUGACGGCGGCGGAUUUCUUGGAGUAUGUGAGGUCCUGGUCGGCGUAUCAGACGGCUAGAGAGAAGGGAGUGGAACUUCUGACGGAGGAGAUUGUGGAGGAGUUGGGGAAAGCUUGGGGGGAUGAUGGAGAGGCGAUCAGAGCAGUUAGAUUUCCUAUUAGUCUAAGGAUUGGGAGGGUUUGAAAAGACAUCCAUUGCAUUUCCUCUCAAGACCAAUAUGUUGGUGUUCUGGCAAAGGUUCUUCCUCUCUACUGAAAUCUCAUACUACGGAACAAGCUAUACAUUGGAGGUAAUGACAGAAGUCAGGCAAUCUUUCUCUAAACAUUCAGUUCAAACAAUCAAAUCAAUAUUCACCACUCAAGCACACUAACCUCUGCGAUUUGAAUUAACUUAGAGAGUAUAUUAGGUAUUGUGUGAAAUAUAUAAUAUUUUGUUGGGGGGGUUUACAUACAUAUCAUUUUCUUUUAUGCUAUUUACAUAUC